CGCCCCCGGCUGUUUCAUCCCAUCCGACGACCGACCACGCCGUCCACUCGCAAUGCUCUACGGCUGAAUGGAUCUACGGCCGUAUAUCGCUCCAACGUAAUAUAAGCUCCAUUCCCCAAAGAUGAGCACAGAGCCUGGGACACCCAACAGUCUCUACCUCGGAAUCGGGGGGGCGUCCCCGGAAUUCAUGGUCGUCGGCGAUGAAGAAAGUAUUUCAAAUUGUCCACUUUUGACGCCAUCGCCGACAGGACAAUUUCACCACCCCCUUGCAAUCAACACGACACCUGGGAGCUAUGAAAGGCAGCUGAGCCCAUCGAGCGAGGAUACAGAAAUCAGUACAAUCCCGGCGAGUUUAGCCAAUCAAGCAGAGUUUUCGGAUCACGGCACUUCGAAACCGAUUCCUUCUAAUUCUAAACCUAUGUUAGCUAAUGUUGGUCUUGAAGAGAGUUCAUCUUCCAGUUCGUGUUCUGUUAUGCACGAUAGUACCGCGUCUGCACAACUGCUUGAUUACCUAACUCUCGCUACGGACCCAUCUGCCACAGAAAAGGGCGGUUUGAGAAACUCGGCGAACUUGCUCGGCCUUGGGAAGGCGGCGAAAGACUACGCAUUCGUCUCCUGGAAUUGGCCGAUAAUCAGGCGAUGGUGCUUUUGGGGAGUCAUGUCGUUGACGGUAGCGUGCGUGUGCAUCAUAAUAGGAUACAUGGCAACGAUACCGACGAGAUGUGAUCCCCCGAGGGCAUGGCACCAGGGCUCCUUGAUUUACCAGAUAUUCCCACCGUCGUUCCAAGACGCCGAUUCCGACGGGAUAGGCGACCUCAAAGGUAUUUCUUCGAGGAUCUCCUACCUCGAACGCCUUGGAGUUAGAGGAGUCCGGCUCAGCUAUAUAUUCCAGAGCAAGAACUAUCCAGAAUAUUUCGAUGACGUGCAGAGCCUGACACAAAUCGACCCGAACAUUGGAAAUUUCGACGAUUUCAGAGUACUGGUCGAAAUGCUGCACAAUCGAAACAUUUCUGUGAUUCUAGACCUUCCUAUUCAUCCUUAUUUCGACAAACUGAGAAUAAAACCACACAAAGACGUCCAAGAAAGAGAAACAUCAAAGCAUGUUAUUGUCAACAAUCAUAUUUUAAUAAACUCCUUUAAUAAAACGCAUCUCCGAGAAGCCGAAAGGGGGGAAAUCACUAAAGUUCUCACUUUCUGGCUCAACAACGGAGUCGACGGGUUUUACCUGCACGGGCUAGAAUCUUUCUUGACCGAUGAAAAAUUCAUACAGCAAGUUUCGGAAUGGAGAGAGGAAUUGAAUAAAUACAACCAGAACUUCGACAAAAUCCUCAUCUGCUCCGAGACAGUUUUGAACCACCUGCAGGAAUCGGAAAUGCCCAAUGCAGACGGGAAGAUCAACGUCGUACUCAAAUCAUUCGAUCUGAUCAACGUCAAACUCGAUCCGUUUAUCGAUGGGACCAAGAGCAUCAAACAGAAAUUGGACAAGGUACAGCAGGGCGUCAUCUACUCGACCCCGGGCUACCCUUGGGUGUACUGGACUUGCGGCGACAUGGAGGGACAGCGCCUGGCGUCGAAGGCGAUGUUCGGAAACGCGACACUGGCAGCAAUUCUCACGACGAUGACGCUUCCUGGAACUCCGGGAAUAUUUUACGGUGAUGAGAUCGGACUACUGGACAUUCAAGAUCCAGAACGUGAGAUAUCGGAUUUACAACACGCACACCAUUUAGGGCCGAUGCACUGGGGCGAGAGGAGGAAUAUCGGUUUCAACCCCAACCACAUCCGGCCGUGGCUGCCCUAUUCUCAUGCUAAACUGCCUUUAGCCUCUGCGGAAAUAAUCGCAGCCAUGUCUUCUCUCAGGGACGUCAAUCCAAGCCUAUACAUGCACGGACUUUGGAAGGACCACCAGUUGGUGCCCAACACAGCGAUAAGGUAUAUCGACAACAAUCUGGCUACUAUAGAAAGGACUUAUCCACGUCGGCACAGCUACCUGCUCAUCGCGAAUCUGGGUCAUGAGGCUAUAAAAAAAGAUCUGUCGUCGUUCUAUUACGGCGGGGUGAUCGUUUUGGACUCAACAGGGAAAAAAGAUACAUACAUGACGUUCCAAGAUAUCCGCCUCACCCCAGGUGAGGUGAAAUUGGCAAAACUCGACAAGUAGGACAAAAUAGGAAAAAUUUGUUAGAAAAGAAAAGGAAUUGCUGAAUGUACAAAGGAAAAAUAUAUUUACCAAUGUGUACUUAAAAUAAUGAGUUUAAAUUAAAAAUUUGCUAAGUUCCAAAAUACUUGGCCGAUUUGAUUUAGUUUACAAGAGAAAAUAUCAAUUUACUUCCUUUUAAAUGACAUAUAAAAUGAUUAUUUAUAUAAAUUAAAUUGUUUAUAAGAAAGUGUCUUUAACAGAACAAAAGAAAAUAAAUAAAUGUUAUUUAUAACCCUUCUAUA